CUAAGCAUUGACCGUGAUCGCAACCGAGUCACUUCACACACACAAGUGGCUUCCACUGACACAUACAAGCACCUGUUGUUUCCAUCAUGGCCAUGCUGUGACAUGUACAUGUAUGACAGUCUUCUUCACAGGCACAUAGCGCAUACUAUCUGACAUGACAUUAUUCAUGCCAUUCGCUGGCGCAUGCAUCGAUCUGUUGAUCUCAUUGAGUGAAAGGGACCUCCUUUGUGCCCCCACUCCAUCCCUUUGAGGUGUCUAUAUGUAUGUAUUCGUGCACUUCAGUGGUAGACACAGAUACAUACAUAACAUACAUACAGGGGGAGCAGAGAGAGCAGGACUGUUAGUAGUUACAUAGCUGUAGAGCCGAGAGGGAAAAAGAGUCCCGCCUGGCCUGGCUAUUUAUUUUGCCCUGCCGCUGGCUAGGCCCAAUGAAACAUACAAGCUUGUACACACAGUCAGUUCGGCCGAGCACCUUGUCGAUAAAUGCUGCAUAUAUCACCCAAACACAGACACGGCAAGAGACGGAAAAAGUACGUCAGGCUCGUGCAGGCGUCUUGCUCGCCACUGCACCGGUGUAUGUGUGCGCAUAGCAAGACAAAAAAGAGUGGCAUUGCCACGUGUGUAGGCACUACGUGUGGCACGCUCUGCGUCUAUGUAUGCCACAGAAAUUACACAACGUUGCCGCCGGCAUAUUGGUUGAGAAAAUCUUCAACGAACUCGACACUCACAUCGAAUCGCUUGGCGAGAUCCUCUGUCGACACACACGCGAGACAGGAAGACAUAUAUCGCAUUCGUUCGGGUGCAUAAUUGUAUGAAUGCCCCGUACCAAUCACUCCCUGCUGUUCAUCAACGUCCAGUUUAUCAAACUCGGCGAAGAAGUUGUCCAGCCAGUUCUGCUGGGCAUCUGUCACUUGCUCAGCAAUUGCAGCAGCUUCACUUGCAGCAGGUGUGGGCGUGGGUUUGAUUCCUUGAACGAGAUCGAAGAAAUAGAACACAAAGCCCGCAACUGUACACACACAGGCAAGCCACAACACAAACAAGACAUCAGACGCAUUCGGUAGGUCUGUCUGUCUGCACAUUGAUUGCCCGCCUGCUUACGGAUAAACUCCUUUUGAAUUUCGUUCAGAGGGCCACCAUCGAAGUUUGCGAAAAGAGCGACGAACGCAGCCGCUGCACGCACGAAAGGAUUGACGCACAAAAGGGAAGAGAAGACACAUUUCACAUACCCGCUGCUCUGCGUCUCUCUCUCUCUCUCGCUCUGUGUGUGUGUGUGUGUGUCUGAGUGUCUUAGUUUUCUCUCAUACUGAUAGCAGCUUCUACGUCCGGAUCUUCAAGCUUGGCAACGCAUUUGAAGAAGGCCUCUACCACCAGCUCGAUCACGUCGAGGCUGAAGCCUGGUUUGAGGACCAGCAAGAUGUCCACGCACUUCUCAGCAGACGAGGUACGGUUGAGGGGCAGGGGCUCGCCUCCUCGUCCGCCGCUGGUAUCAGGUGUGACGGCCGCGUCCCAGCUCGCAAGAUCAGUUUCAUCCCCACACCGCUCAAUCUCUUCGCGAGCGGCAACUGCAGGAAAGGAGAAGGCGGGGAUCUUCAUUGCUCACAUGCAUCUUAUCCUGGCUUACAGAUUGUGAGCCUGGCCUCGUCAGCGUUUUCAGUAUUGGCCUCUGCCCAGGCGACAUACUCGUCGGCGAGCGCGUCUUGCAGCUCAGGCGAACCAUCCAGGGCCACAAACGUCAGACCUGCACAGGUGACAAACUGGCGUCUGUUUAUAUCAAGCCGUUCAUCAAACAUACCGACUGCCUCAUUCACCAACUGUUUUUCCAGAAACGUGUUCAAGAUGCAGUUAGUGAAAAAGGUUGAGACCUCCGCCACGUCGGUAGGCAACUCCGCGCAGGCCGCUGGCAGAGCGCCACCAAGGAAAUUCUCCGCAAGUUCCGUCAGCGUGCAAGCCUGUUCCUUCUUGGCGGGUUCAUCGUGCGCCGCCAUCUUGCCGAGUUGUUUGCCCAUCUCGGUUAUGACGUGCGUGACAUCACUGAUGACCGGCUUGCCGUCAGCCUGAUAUGACGCAUCAGAGUACACUGUCAGGGAAACAGAAAACGAUAUGAUCCGGCGUCGCGUACGGCGGUUUCAAUGUCUUGGAUAAUGCCCGCGAUGGCACGGGGGAGAGCAUCGACGUCACCGCCAUCUACACACAUGCAUGGCACUGACCAAGCACUCCCUGACCGCCAUCUGUGACUCACCUUCUGUUGACGGGAGGAAUUUUUUCUCCUCCGGUAAGGCCGACGCCGUUUGGAUGAGAGCCACCAAUGCGGCCACCGCCACUAUGUCCGUCUUCAUUACUUGAUGCUCUGAUGCUUGGACAAUACAAUACCGCG